GAGACCGCGGCUGUGACGCGAGCGUGACGCAGGGGUGACGUGAGCCCAGCCGCUCCCGCUGCCCCCGCCGCGUUCCGAGGCAGCCGUAGCCCGGCUCGUGUCGCCAGGCCCGGGCCACCCCCUAGGCCUCCGCCGCCCGCUGCCCGUCAUGGACGACUACGCGGGCCUGUCGGACGCCGAGCUAGCCGCCGUGCUGCGCCAGUACAACAUCCCGCACGGGCCUGUCGUGGGUUCCACGCGCAAGCUCUACGAAAAGAAAAUCUUCGAGUUUGAGACCCAGAGGCGGAGGCUCUCGCCCCCGAACUCGUCCGCAUCCCCUUUCUCCUAUCGGUUCUCGGACUUAGAUGCGGCGUCCAUGGACUCGGAUAUGUACGAUCUGCCCAAGAAAGAGGACGCUUUACUUUACCAGAGCAAGGGUUACAACGAUGACUACUACGAGGAGAGUUACUUGAGCACCAGGACUUACGGAGAGCCUGAGUCUGUAGGCACAUCCAAGGGCUUCCGCCAGCCCUCCGCUUCACUCUCAGAUGCUGACACCUUCCACCACCAGGUUCGCGAUGACAGUCUUUUCUCUUCCGAAGAAGAAGGCAAGGAUAGGGAGCGCCCCGUGUAUGGUCGUGACAGUGCCUACCAGAGCAUCGCACACUACCGCCCUGUUUCCAACGUCUCCAGAAGCUCCUUGGGCCUGUCCUAUUACCCCACCUCCUCCUCUACCUCUCCAGUGUCCUCAUCUUCAUCUCCCCCACCUUCGUGGCUCACCCGCCGUGCCAUCCGGCCCGAAAAGCAGGCCCCUGGGGCAGGUCUGGGUCAGGAGCGCCAGGUCCCACUCUGGGGUCAGAUGCUCCUGUUCCUGGUCUUCGCUGCCUUCCUGCUCUUUGUUUACUACUCCAUGCAGGCUGAGGAUGGCAACCCCUUCUGGGCAGACCCCUGAGGGUCUGGCUUCGUGGUUUUGGGGCCAGCUGCUCUUGGAAGUCCUGGCUGACUGCCUUAGCAGUGUUUGCUGGGGGGGGGGGGUUGGGGCUUUUCUGUGUUCUAGCUUGGGGGUCCUGGGAAAGGGGCAAUGUUUGCUUCUCCUGCCUUGUCCUGCCAGGGAGGCAGCAGGACCAGACCCUCUGCAGCAUGGUGGGCCUGGGCGGGCCUUCCUCUGGAGCCUCCUGGCCCUGCUUGCCUCUGACCCUUAAGGGCCUAGGAGGGCAAGACCCUUCUCCUGGAGAGAACAUGGUGGUUGUCAUUGCAUGAUUUGUUGUCACUUCAUUGGGGGGGAUUAACCAAAGACCACCCUGACUUUGUUUUCAUGAACGCACAAUAAAAAGACCGUUUAUUUUUAA